UCGCGAUUUGCGACCCUUUACCAUUUCAACAGCUGGCUCCGAUCGAGCAGAUCUAUUGGAAAGUAAUUCAAGUAUGCCCAAGCUUUGGAAUAGUGUUUAUAAUGCCCAAUGCUCGGCUCUAUCGCCACCAGAUCUGAUGGAAGCACAGCCCACAUUAUUGCCCAAGAAUCGGAGUAAUAGCCACAGCGGUAGCAGCAAUCGCAACAGCAAGUAUUGGAUAUUCUCGAUGAUAAUCGAACGUAACGCCGGUCCCAAGCGAGUGGAAAUCGGUGGUGAUGAUAUGGAUACCCCUUUGGAGGCCAUUCUGCCGGUUGAACCAAUCACCGAGCAAGUCUGCCUGUUGCGUGACAGCCCCUUCAGGAUACUCCGGUCAACGGGGACAAUGACGGGCGACAAGGAAUCUCCGAAAAGUGAGGUGGUUAUCAGCUCGCUGCGGUAUUUGAUUAGCGGGUGUGCCCGCGGGGACGAAAUGACGGCGUUGGGGCCACUGAAUCUGCCCAACAAAUGGGCUCGCAUCUUGCGGAUGUCGUCAGCGCCAAAGAUACAAGUGGAUGAUUUUAUGCAGGCCGCUGAGUCGGGCAACUUGGAUGACUUUAAGCGUCUGUACAUCGCGGACACAACGCGCAUUGCCCUGAAGGAUGGCAAAGGACGAACUGCUGCACAUCAGGCUGCUGCUAGGAAUCGUGUGAACAUAUUGCGCUACAUUUGCGAUCAGAGUGGGGACUUCAAUGCCAAGGACAAUGCGGGCAAUACACCACUUCACAUUGCCGUCGAGUGCGAUGCCUACGAAGCGUUGGACUAUUUGCUCUCCAUUCCAGUUGAUACCGGCGUGUUGAAUGAAAAGAAACAGGCACCGGUGCAUUUGGCAACGGAGUUGAACAAGGUCAAGUCGCUGCGUGUGAUGGGUCGCUAUCGGAAUGUGAUUGACAUACAGCAAGGUGGGGAGCAUGGACGCACUGCGCUCCACUUGGCGGCCAUUUAUGAUCAUGAGGAGUGCGCUCGUAUCCUGAUUACUGAGUUCGAUGCAUGCCCCCGUAGACCUUGCAACAACGGUUAUUAUCCCAUACACGAAGCGGCUAAAAAUGCCAGCUCAAAAACAAUGGAAGUCUUUUUUCAGUGGGGCGAACAACGUGGCUGCACUCGCGAAGAAAUGAUAUCCUUCUACGAUUCUGAAGGCAACGUGCCACUGCACUCGGCGGUGCACGGUGGCGACAUUAAAGCCGUGGAACUGUGCCUCAAAUCUGGCGCUAAAAUAUCAACACAGCAACAUGAUCUCUCCACGCCAGUCCACUUGGCGUGUGCUCAGGGCGCCAUUGAAAUAGUGAAGCUGAUGUUUGAGAUGCAGCCAUUGGAGAAAAGGAUUUGCCUGAGCUGCACGGAUGUGCAAAAGAUGACACCUCUGCACUGCGCUUCGAUGUUUGAUCAUCCGGAUAUUGUCUCGUAUCUGGUCAACGAGGGAGCAGAGAUCAAUGCACUCGACAAGGAGCACCGAUCUCCAUUGCUUUUGGCUGCCUCACGCAGUGGCUGGAAGACAGUGCAUCUGCUGAUCCGACUGGGAGCCAGCAUUGAUGUCAAGGAUGCGGCUGCCAGGAAUGUCCUACACUUUGUCAUCAUGAACGGUGGACGGCUGACGGACUUUGCCGAGCAGGUGGCCAAUUGCCAGACACAGGCACAGCUGCAGCUGCUGCUCAAUGAAAAGGAUCACAUGGGAUGCUCACCGCUGCACUAUGCCAGUCGGGAUGGGCAUAUACGAUCGCUGGAGAAUCUCAUACGGCUGGGGGCCUGCAUCAAUCUGAAGAACAACAACAACGAGAGUCCAUUGCACUUUGCGGCACGUUAUGGUAGAUACAACACGGUGAGGCAGCUGCUCGACUCGGAGAAGGGUUCGUUCAUCAUCAAUGAGAGCGAUGGAGCUGGCAUGACGCCGUUGCACAUUGCAUCGCAGCAGGGACACACUCGAGUGGUGCAACUAUUGCUGAAUCGAGGAGCACUGUUGCAUCGUGAUCACUCGGGCAGGAAUCCUCUCCAGCUGGCGGCCAUGUCCGGUUAUACCGAAACCAUUGAGCUGCUGCACUCGGUGCACUCACACCUGCUCGAUCAGGUGGACAAGGAUGGGAAUACGGCUCUACACCUGGCCACCAUGGAGAACAAGCCGCAUGCAAUUUCCGACUUAAUGUCCAUGGGCUGUAAACUGGUCUACAAUGUGCUGGACAUGAGUGCUAUUGAUUAUGCCAUCUACUACAAGUAUCCGGAGGCAGCUCUCGCAAUGGUCACCCACGAGGAGCGGGCAAAUGAGGUGAUGGCCCUGCGAUCGGAUAAACAUCCUUGUGUCACCCUGGCGUUGAUUGCCUCCAUGCCGAGGGUCUUUGAGGCCGUGCAGGACAAGUGCAUUACCAAGGCCAAUUGUAAGAAGGACUCGAAAAGCUUCUACAUUAGGUACUCAUUUGCAUUCUUGCAAUGCCCCUUUAUGUUUGCUAAGGUCGAUGAGAAAACCGGAGAGCCAAUUAUGACAUCUAAUCCCAUUCCAUUGCCGGCUCUGAAUACAAUGGUUACACAUGGACGGGUGGAGCUUUUGGCGCAUCCGCUGAGUCAAAAGUAUCUUCAAAUGAAAUGGAACUCGUAUGGCAAAUAUUUUCAUCUGGCCAACCUCUUAGUCUACUCAAUCUUUUUGGUCUUUGUCACGAUAUAUUCCUCGCUGAUGAUGAACAACGUUGAACUACGAUCCAAUGGAAAUAUAACAUCAAGUCAAUACUGUAUGUCCAGCUGGGAGGAUCUUUCGAAGAACCUCUCUCAGAAUACUUUGGCCACCGCUCGAAUGCGUCGAGACUCCUGUAUGGAGCACAUCAAUCGGACGACGGGAAUACUCUUCUGUGCCGUGGUCAUUGUGGUAUACAUAUUGCUAAAUUCGAUGCGGGAAUUGAUACAGAUCUAUCAGCAGCGUCUCCACUAUUUGGUAGAGACGGUCAAUCUAAUCUCCUGGAUUCUCUACAUAUCGGCAUUGAUAAUGAUAGCACCUGCGUUUAGGCCAGAUGGAGAAAUAAAUACCAUACAUUAUUCGGCGGCUGCGAUAGCCGUAUUUUUAUCCUGGUUUCGACUUUUGCUCUUUCUGCAGAGAUUCGAUCAGGUUGGCAUCUAUGUGGUGAUGUUCUUGGAGAUUCUGCAGACGUUGAUCAAGGUGCUGAUGGUAUUUUCGAUACUUAUCAUUGCCUUUGGACUUGCGUUCUAUAUAUUGCUGUCAAAGAUAGUUGACUCCCAGCCGAACCAUUUGUCCUUCUCAAACAUACCCAUGUCUUUGCUGCGCACAUUCUCCAUGAUGUUGGGAGAACUGGAUUUUGUUGGCACCUAUGUGACCACCUAUUAUAGGGAGCAGUUAAAGGUUCCCAUGACAUCGUUCUUGAUACUGAGUAUUUUUAUGGUUUUGAUGCCAAUUUUGCUGAUGAAUUUGCUCAUCGGUUUGGCUGUUGGGGAUAUUGAGUCAGUGCGUCGAAAUGCCCAGUUAAAGCGCCUCGCCAUGCAGGUGGUGCUGCACACGGAGCUGGAGCGGAAGCUGCCACAUGUCUGGCUGCAAAAGGUGGACAAAAUGGAGCUAAUUGAAUAUCCCAACGAUACGAAAUGUAAAAUUGGAUUCUUGGACUUUAUAUUACGCAAAUGGUUCUCCAAUCCAUUCACCGAUGACUCUGUCAUGGAUGUCUUUGGCUUCGACAACAACGAUGAUAUGAUCAAUGCCGAGUUGGAGAAACAGCGUCGUAAGUUGCGGGACAUCAGUCGAAUGUUGGAGCAGCAGCAUCAGUUGGUGCGUCUGAUUGUCCAGAAGAUGGAGAUUAAAACAGAGGCGGAUGACGUUGACGAGGGCAUCUCGCCAAAUGAAUUGCGCUCCGUUGUGGGUCUCAGUUCGGCGAGUGGCAAUCGCUGGAACUCGCCAAGGAUUCGCAACAAACUGCGGGCCGCCUUGAGUUUCAACAAGGGCAUGUAGAUGGAUGAUGAUCUGCACACUUAGUAGUAGUUGUUAGUAGUGCAAUUUUCCACAACUAGUCGAAAGUAUAUACCUAUCUACAUCUACAUAUAUAUCGAAAAUGAUUGGAAUAUCAACGAAUUUAAAUCCGCGAGUAUUUUAUGCAAUUUAUUCGAAUUAUUUAAUAUGCUGUACUAAAUGUCAUUUGAAAUGAAUGUUUUUAUCUGUGUCCUUCAACGUUUCGUCUAUGAAAUAAAGUCAAUUUAUAUGCAUGACACUUAAUGGAAUCUUUU